UUUUCUAAUCAGUUUAUGGAGUUGUCUAGAUAAAAAUUGUAAAAUGGUGAAAAAAUGCUGUUUCUGCAUUAAAUUGCGCAGAGCCUGCAUCAUCAUAGCCAUCGUGGACUUCAUCAUUAACUUAGUGGUGCUUAACUUGGCGGGUCAGGAGUUCAUCGCACACAUUGAGCAAGCGGUGGCAAUCUGCCAUUGUAUCGGCUGCACAUUCCUGCUGGGCGGAGCUUUAAUCAGAUCAACUGUUCUCCUGAUGUUCUUCCUGAUCACUAGCCUGACCAACUGUAUGAUCCUGUUUGUGUACUGCAUCUACAUGCUGAUUAAGGAGGAGCGGUACCGCGAGAUAAUAGUCCCAGGAUCUGCAAUAUAUAUAUGCUGUGGUAUCUACUUCUGGAUUGUCGUCUACUCGUAUUAUGUCGAAGUCAGAGAUCCCGAAGACGUCCUGGAAGUUUAACAGCUUACGCAGAAAGAAUAAAAUUGCCUUGUGGGUCUGGAUUGUGCUAUCUGUUUUUCUAGGUGCUUAUGAUCUCAAUAGUAUUUAAGUUAAUUGUAAAAUUCAUUCAUGAUUUUUUGGUGAACUCAAAUAAAAUUGAGAUUAUCCCUAGC